UAAGUUUCAUCUUUCAAGGCAUACUUCUGGCGAGUAUAGCAAUUUGGAUUUAGUUGGAAAUCGAGGUUGUAACCAAACUAGAUCUAUAUAUAUAGAAGACGAAACGAGAAUGAGGCAAAAUACAAUAAUCAUAGUUCUUUUCUCAAUUAUAUUACCACACAGCGUACAAGGAUGGAACAUUAAAAAGAGAAGUUGUAGUUGUAAAGACACAUCAUUGGUAAACACAGAACGACUGAAUAGAGCAGCUAAAUGGAGAGAAUGCUUAGACAAAUGUAUUUCCAAAGAUUGUAUAGCUGCAGGUUGUCAUUUUGAAAACAGCUGCUUGCAGGGAAUGUGUGUUCCGAAUAACUUUAAUUCGUCCUCUCUUACAGAUUGCAAAGUCACCAUAGAAAAGGAAAUAGGAAAAGAAGAUAACGAAUGGAACACUUGUCGAAGUAACUGUAACGCCGAGUCUUGCAACCAAAUUGAAACAUGUCAUUUGGAGAAUAUUCAAAUUUGUGAUUCGAGUAUGAACAUCGACAUGUGUUUACCAAAAUCAUCUGAAAAUACAUAGAAUAGUUCAAUACAUAAA